UUGUUUAUUGAAGCAGAGCGACAGUUUGCUACUACUGGAACUAGAGUGUCUAAAACAAACGCUAUAUAACUGAACACUUUGUUUUAUUCUUUUUGUCAAAAAUGCGUCCUAGAGUGCAAGUCAAAUAUGUUACAGAGCACAUGAACUAUUUAGAAGAAAAGAUACACGUCAUUAAACCUGUGGUUGAAGCUUUGCAAGCUCAGGCUGUAGACAAAAGUAAGACUUGGUUAGAAGAUAAAAGUGACAACGAAUCUUUGACAUACUGUGAUCUAUGUCAAGAACUUGAAUCAGCUACCUUGGCCUUGUUGAAUGUAGCGGCUCAUAUCUUAGACGAAAAUAAAGACAUUGUUGAGAAUGGAAGGUCAUUUUCAUCUCAGUCUACCUCACAAACAACAACAACAGAAGAACAUGGCCGUAGACAGUCAACAGAUCAAGUCCUUAACGAGCCUUAUAAACCAUCAGCCACAGAAAUAUUAAGUCGACUUGAGCAGAUAGAGACAGCCAUAUCUUCUCUACAAGACGCUAAUGACAAGUCUACAGAUGACAUAUCAGAAAUAAAACAAUGGAGAGACAACUUUGUAACAGAACAGAGUGACAUGGGGAUUGACAAUAUUGAAAAUACUAUUUCAAAGUUGUCCAAAGAAGUUCAUCUGAUCGAGUCACGUGUAGGUCACAGAUAUGCUUGUCAUGUGGCGCUUGAUCUCGCACCCGUCAGUCUUGGAUUAAUUAUUUCAAGAUUCUGGGAUGUACGUGAAUAUAACGGUCAACAUUUUAAUCAAACAACAGGAACAUUUGUAUCACCCCAUGAUGGUUUAUAUCUUGUCUGUGUCAGUCUAAAUGAAAGGGAAGAUAAACAGAUUGGAGUUGGUGUGAUGGCUGGAGGCAGGUGCUGUACGGCUAUAGAAGUGAAAUGUGCCGCCACUAGCGCUGCUGGGUCAGUGGUUGUUGACAUGAAGAAAGGUCAAGAACUUUACUUUAAAGUGAUUCAAUCAGAUCAAGGCGCAAAGUUAUCCUGCUACAGUAGUUUUACUAUCGUUAGUUUAUAGAAGUACAACACAAAACAUGGUUGAUGGUAAAUUCUCAAAACAGUAAAACUUGUAACCAACAUGUUAAGCACACGCUAACAACUUACUACAUGUACAUAAACAUUUAAUGGUUUGUAUGUUGUUUUUUUUAGUCAUCAUUAUACAGUUCUAACUUUUUCAAUGUGAUCACCAAUUAAUAUAUUGUACGUGACCACAAUAAACAUAUCUUUCUUCUUCUUCUUCGUUCUUAAUUUUUAGUGUUGGGAGGGAUCCAGAUUUAUCUGCCAGAGAGUUUGAACUCGAGACUUUUUUCGAAUUUAUCAUACAUGAGCUUUUCCGACUCGACCAUGCUUCCAUCACAAUUUAGGAUUACGUGUAAAUGGGUUAUGCGCCAUUGAGGCCAUUGACUCCGAUUUCAGCCUGCUUUUCUUUUUGGGUUUGCUUCCAUAGCCUUUGUCCAACCAAGAACAAACUACAAGGCAGCAGUUGUUUGAUUUUGGACCCCCAAUAAACAUAUGAGAUACAUCAGU